AUGGGUAAGGUACCUUUUACUAAAUCAAAAGUUUCGUAUCGGAAUGUCUCGGCGAUGAAUCUGGAUGCUCUGCGAGCUGACCUUUUUAACUCUGAUCUCUGUAAAAACACUGAUAUGUUUGAUGUAAAUGAGCUUGUUAUAUGUUAUAACGAACCCCCUGAAUCAACCAUAAAUAGACAUGCUCCACUACUAGAACUAAAACGAUCGUUACUCGGCCUUGUGAACCUUGGUUUAACACUGAAGUAA